AUGCCCUCUCGACGCCGCCGGCAACCCGCCUACGCCGCAGCGGAGCAAAGGAAGAAAACGGCAGAAACGCAGCAGCAGCCGGAAGCCGUUUCCUGCGAAGCAGGGGCGCCAGACGAGGCGAAGAAGACCGAGGCCGUGGCCCCUGAGGUCUCGCCCAUGGCACCCAUCCCCCCUCCCACCGCAGCACGCCAAGGGGGACAGGCGGCGGAGGUGCCACCGACCGCAACGCCCACGUCUGUCGCCCCAACGGAUGCGAAGCGGGCGGUGUUAACGAAAAUGAUAACUAAACGUAAGCCAAAGAUGGCAUUUUUAUUCGAUAACGAGGAGACAAAGGGGGCGGAGCACAAGGAGGAACCGAGCGGGACGAAGGAGGCCGUUCCAAAGCGAAAACCAAAGCUUCCGUUUCUCUUCAAUGAAGAAAGCGCGCACGACGGAGCGGCGGCGCAGAAGCAGCCACAGCCAGAGUGCCGCAGGCGAAACCCGGU